CUGGGGUUGUUAUCCAAGGGGACCCCACCCUUAUCUUAUUAAUACUGUCAGUCCAUUAUGGGAGAAUACAACAAAAAUAUUAUAACAAAAUCUCUCUCUCAUAUUUUUCUCUCUCGAUUCCCUUCUUCUCUGUUCUUUCUGCCAUAUCUGGUUACCCGAUCAUUCCCAAAUGAUUGGAGCACAGUAAAACUUUUCUGAAAUAUCAGGAAAGAUAAUUGUGAUCAUCACAUUUGGUAUCAGAGCCUACGUGAUCCAGGCAGAUGGCUGAGGGAACACAUUUGAAGGAUUGCUUGGAGGGGCAAAAGAAACUGGAACAAACGAUCAUGGCCGAGGUGCUGAGAAGAGAGGCAACUGAUCAAAAACACGAUGAAAUACAGCAGAAACAACAGGAAGUUCAGAUGGAAAUCCUCAAACAAUUCAGCCAGAUUCAGAUAAGACUGGACACCAUAGAAAGUCGGCCCAAUCUUGAGAUACCUCACCCAGGUGUAGGAGAAGCAUUUUCAUCUGAGUUCGGAUCCAUUCUAGGACCUCCUCCAUUUGUCAAAACACCAAUGAAUAUGCACAAGGAGCAAAUGAUAACAAUUGGUAAGCAACAUGAUACUUCGGUCACUUAUCAUCCACAUGCUCCAAUUCUGAAUCUGGAUUUUCUCAGGUUUGAUGGAACACAACCUAGAGCCUGGGCUGUUAAGUGUCAAGGAUAUUUUAGACUUAUGCCACAAAUUUUACCCGAACAGAGAGUAGUUUUAGCUACCAUGCAUUUUGAAGGGAAGGCUUCAACCUGGUUCCAGCACUUAGAAAAUGAUUUAUCCAAAUUAGCCUGGGAACAAUUUGUGGGGGUGGUCUCUACUCUCUACAAGGUUUGAAGGGUUAAGGAAAUAUGUGGUUAUUGAAGAGUUCAGUAAAUUAAGAAUGGAAUCUGAUUUUGAAGCAUAUGUAUAAAGGGUUGAUGAACUAAAAACUUGCUUGUUAAUGAUGCACGAAAGAGCAUUCAGUGAGCCAUAUUUUAUUUCCAGUUUUAUCAGUGGCCUUAGUGAGGAGUUGAAAUCAUUUGUAAGAAUGUUCAGUCUAGCUACACUAGAUUCUACUAUUGAAUUAGUGAGAAAUCAAUUGAAGACAAUUGAAGCUUUGACUAAAAGAAUAAAAGGAACAAGCAGAUCCCAGCUCCCACCCAUUAUCCAAUCCAGGAAGGAGGGAGGUCAUACUUGGAGCAAGUAGAACCCUUUACCAAAUAAUCUACCUUUUAAAUUACUUACCCAAAAAGAGAUGGCAUCCAGAAGAGAGAAGGGACUUUGUUAUAACUGUGAUGAAGUCUUCACCCCAGGUCACAGAUGUAAACAUAGACAGGCAUACCUCAUCAUAGCUGAAGAAGAAGGAACAGAGGAAUUGUCUCAGGAAGUAGAACUGAAAAUAGAUGAUGUGGAAGAUGUUUUAUUGGUAACCAUUGGGGCUGCUCAGGGUAAACAAAGACCCACAACCAUGAUGCUCCCGGGGCAGGUGGGUAAACAUAAAAUAAACAUCCUAAUUGACUCCGGAGCUUCAUCAAGCUUCAUCAGCUCCAAGGCUUCACACAUAUUAGGGUGUGUGAAGGAACCUGUCAAACUUGUACAUGUAACAAUAGCCAAUGGAUAAAAAUUGGAGAGCAAUGCAAUGGUGACUAAAUUUCAGUGGAAUAUGCAGCAACAUCAAUUCAAUUAUGACUUCAAGGUCCUGCCAUCUACUGAUUUUGAUUUAAUAUUAGGAGGGAACUGGUUGAGCGCAUUAACUCCUAUUGAAUCAGAUUACAACAAAAUGGUGGUUACUGUCACCUAUGAGGACCACAAAAUUCAUAUUCAAUGUGAUGAUAAGUGUAAGGUUAUCUCCUACCACAGCCUCUAUAAGAUGAUAUGCGAAGAGUUUCCUAACCCAAUCGAGGAGGUAUACCGGGUGAAGGUAACAAACACUAAUGCUGGAGAAUCUGUGGAAUUGGAGAAUCUAUUAAGAGAAUUUGAGGAUGUUUUUGAAGAACCCAAAUCACUACCCCCUUCCAGAGUAGUUGAACACCACAUAUUAUUAAAUCCAGGAAGUGUUCCUAAGCAACAAUACCCGUAUAGAGCUUCCCAUUCCCAGAAAGAUGAGAUUGAGAAAAUAGUGGAAGAGUUGAUGAGAUCCGGUGAAAUCCAACCAAGCAAAAGCUCCUUUUCUUCCCCGGUAUUAUUGGUGAAAAAGAAGGAUGGAACAUGCAGGAUGUGUGUGGAUUAUAGGUAUUUAAAUAGUCUUACCAUUAAGCAUGAUUACCCCACACCAGUGAUUGAUGAUUUGUUGGAUGAGUUAAGAGGGGCACAAUUUUGUUCAAAGAUUGAUUUGCGUUCGGGUUAUUUCCAAGUUCUAAUGGCACCUGAACAUAGACAUCUCACAGCUUUUAGAACUCAUAACGGCCAUUAUGAGUUCCUGGUAAUGCCCUUUGGGUUGUGCAAUGCCCCAACCACCUUUCAAUCUUUGAUGAACCGGGUAUUUAAGAAGCUACUUAGGAAAUUUGUGUUGGUUUUUUGAUGAUAUCUUAGUUUACAACACUGAUUGGGAGCAAUAUAUACAACAUCUGAUGGCAAUCCUCUUACUGCUAAGGGAGAAUCAGCUAUAUGUGAAAAGGAGCAAAUGGCAUUUUGGUCAGGAAUCAAUCUCAUACUUGGGCCACACUAUUAAUAGAGAGGGAGUAUCAACUGACCCUGAGAAGGUUGAAACCAUGGUUAGCUGGCUUACCACUAAGAACUCUAAAGAUUUAAGAGCAUUCUUAGGUCUUACAGGUUAUUAUAGGAAGUUUGUAAUAGGAUAUGGUAUAAUUAGCAGGCCACUCAUUGUACUACUUAAGAAGGGGGAUUUUCACUUGGGAGAUACUGCGCACUGAACAAGCCUUUAAGGAGCUUAAAAUUGCCAUGACUACCACCCCAGUAUUGGCCCUGCCAAAUUUCAUUCAACCCUUCACUAUAGAGACAGAUGCUUGCGAGGAAGGAAUUGGGGCAGUCCUCAUGCAAAUGGGAAGACCCUUUGCUUAUCUAAGCAAGAAACUAGCUCCCCAACACUUGGGAUUAUCUGUAUAUGAAAAGGAAUUCAUGGCAGUGCUUUUGGCUAUUCAGAAGUGGAAACAUUACAUUCAAGGGAGUAAAUUUGUUAUUAAAAUUGAUCAGCAGUCUCUUAAACACCUCCUACAUCAGAGGAUUUCUACCCCCUUACAACAAAAGUGGAUCACUAAGUUUUUGGGACUUGACUAUGAGAUUUAUUACAAAAGAGGAGUUGAAAACAAAGUGGCCGAUGCUCUCUCUAGGAAAGAAAUAGCUACACAAGAAUGUUGGGGAAUUACUAGGGUACAACCAACCUGGGUGCAGCAGAUCAAGGACAACUAUGUACAUGAUCCUUACCUCACCGAGGUGAUUAAAAAUAAGGGUAAAGACCAAGAUAUUCACCCAGAGUUUGAAGUAAUAGGAGAUAUUUUGAGGCACAAGGGCAUAGUGGUGGUGGGAAACUCAUCUGGACUGAGGCAUAUUAUAUUCAGGGAGUUACAUGCCUCCUCAGUAGGAGGGCACUCAGGUAUACAGGCUACUCUUACCAGGGUUAAGAAGAAUUUCUUUUCGCCAAAAAUGACAUCACAUAUUACUCAAUGGGUGAAAGAGUGUGAAGUUUGUGCUAUUACCAAGCCUCACAAAGGGCCCUACCCGGGUUUACUACAACCCCUACCUAUACCUGACCAAGCAUGGAGCCACAUUAGCACGUACCUUAUAGAGGGACUACCUAAAUCACAUGGGAAAGAUGUGAUUUUGGUGGUGGUAGAUAGGUUGACUAAAUUUGGCCACUUCAUACCCCUAUCUCACCCAUUUACAGCCCAUACAGUAGCCAGGGUUUUCUUGGACACAAUUUUCAAAUUGCAUGGGCAACCCCUUAGUAUACUUACAGAUAGAGGAACGGUGUUCGCUAGUGCAUUCUGGAAGGACCUUUUCAAAUUAUUGGGGUCUACCCUCAAUUACACCUCUAGCUAUCACCCUGAAACAGAUGGUCAAACAGAGAGACUGAAUCAAUGUUUAGAAUCCUAUCCAAGGGCUCUAACUCAUCAGAACCCUAAGCAAACUCGAGACCGAACCAUCAGGUCAUUGACUGGCCCAAACUUAGACCACCGGGUCAUUUACAGGACUGGUUCGGGACCGCCCGGUUGUCGAUCGGAUCGAAUACAGACUGUUGGGUCAUUUGACAGAUAGGAUGGGGACCACCAGGUCAUUGAUCGUACAAGACAGGGACCACCAGGUGGUUGACUAGACAGGAGUAGGACCACCGUUUCAUUGAGCGGACCAGAUCGGGACCGCUGAGUCGUUGAUUAACCGGAUUGGACCAGGACUACUCGACCAAUCGACCAUCGAUUGGACCGAACAAGUACUGCAUGGUCAUGGAUGGACUAGACAGGGACCGUCGGGUCAUCGAACGGACUGGACGGGGACCGUUGGAUCCUGGACCGGACCAGACAGGAGCCGUCGGGUCUGGGACCGAACUGGAUCAGACAAGGGCCACCGGGGCGUGGAUCGUACCGUACAAGGACCGUUAGGUCGUCGACUGGACCAGGACCGUCGGGUCAUCGUCUGGACUGGACCGGGAUUGCUCGGUUGUCGACCGGACCGGACAUGGACCACCGGGGUCAAUGACCGUACCGUACCGAACUGUCGGGUCAUUGACUGGACCAGAUAGAAACCGUUAGGCCGUUGACUAUAACAGACUGGAACUGACACCGGAGUUGGACCAUAUCCAACACCAGGCGUAAGUAUGCAUAUCCAUUGCAGCAUCACUGCAUCAUUCACCUUUUCCAAAUUUGGAAAACUAAUAAAAGUCACUUCUCUUAUUCAUUACGGAAAACAUAGACAAAUCUCAUUUUUAUGGUUUUGGAACACGAUUUGGUAAACACAAUUUUCUGUUUAUAUUUUUCCAGUUUUCCAGCAAUUUUUUUUGGUAAACACGUUUUUUCUUUUUCUUUUUCUAGUUUUCCAAUUUUCAUGAAAAAUUGAAAAAUCUAUCUAUUAAUAAACAUGUCCUGAAAUUGUCAAAAAUGGGACUAGCCUAAUACUCCCUCCGUCCCACUUAAAGGUUCCCACGCGGUUUACGAUGUUUGAUUGACCAUAAAGUUAACUGAUUCUUGUCACUAAUAGGAUUAGGGGUGUUCACCGGUCCAAAACCGCACCAGAACCGGUUAGGAUCGGAACCGGAAUCUUAAAUUUAUGAGGACCGGAGACCGGGACCUAUUACUAACCGGUCCAGACCGAUCCGGACCUAACUUUUCCGAUCCAGUCCGAUUUUGACCCUAAUUGACC